GCCCGCAGAGCUUCCGCAAGCGCACUUCAGAGCGGCUCGUCUGCGGGGAGCCAUGUCCGGGCUGUGAGCAGCGCGGGCGGCGACGCGGCGACGGAGAAGGUGGCCUUCGGCCAGCCACUCCUCAUCGCCCGCCGCGGGCAUGUGGAGCUCGAGGUGUACUCGUACAACGUCGCGGACGCGAUGGUUGCCGGGUUCUUCGCUGGGGCAGCGGAGGGCGAGUGCGAGGUCUUGGGAGGAGGCGCUGGGCCAGGCCCAGCGGUCGAGGUCUUCAUCGGAGACCUCCCGACCAUCCAGGAACGCGGCGAGGGCACGGACGAGAAGUGGUUGCAGGACUGCGACGAGCUUCCUCCCGUCCCCACCUUCCCGACGCUGGAGGUGGCGACGGUGCAGAGCUGCGUGGGCUGCGAGGCGAUCGAUGGCACCGCAGAGGUGCCGAGCGUCGCGGGCUCCAGCGACGAGGAGAAGGUGAUCAGGCUGGAGUUCGGACGCAGGGUCGGCGCUGGCGGCGCGGGCCUCGAGGCGGACUCCGAGUGGGUCGAGACGACGGCGGAGUUGCCGACGGUGCUGCACACCAACAUGGGGCAGCUCGCGGUGGGCAGCGCGAGCAGGGACACGCUGGAGAUUCGAGACGUCAAACUGGAGGACGACCACAUGCCGCGGAACGAGUUCGCGGUCCAGGCGGUGGUCGUGCAGGAGUUGGCCAUGCACGAGGCCCUGGUGGAUGUGGCCGUGCAGGGCGAGGUGCCGAGCGCGGGAGUGCGGCGGAGCUGGGAGGCCACGGUGGAGGCCAACCAGCUGGCUCACGCGAAAGCGGCCGCCGCGGCGGCAUGCCGUCACGCCCAGUGGCGGCUCGAACCUGGCGAGCUGGAGGGCGUUGCGGUGCCCGCCCGCUCCGAGGAGGUGCAGCAGUUCGAGGAGCUGGUCGUUGAGGGCUCCUUCGAGGUGCAUUCGUGGCCGAGGCAGGGGUCCGGCGGGAUCGCGACGACCAGGUACAUCGUGGAAAUCGGGAGCGACGACCUCGCUCCGUUCACGGCCGACCGUGACCUGUGGCGGCCUGGAUGGCAA